GCUGAACCCUAAACCCUCUCGCGCUUAAACACUUUUAUACACUCUCCCCCUCUCUCUCUGUGAUCUCAACUUGUCGAUCAAUGUCCUCCAUAGUUUCACGAACCAAAAAUCCACUCCUCAAUUCUCUCCCUCACUUUCUUACAUGGAGUGCCCUCGGUUUCCGCACUAUUUGCAGCGGUCGCCUCGGCUUCGAGUCCUCCUCCUCCGAUUCUUCUCUCAGCGCAGGCACCAAGUUGCUGGAGUCCUAUAGAGAGGAGUUCCAGAUUGGGUCGCGCCUGAUAACCCUCGAGACUGGCAAAAUUGCUCGUUUUGCUAACGGCUCUGUUGUUCUGGGCAUGGAGGAGACUAAGGUUUUGUCUACCGUUGCAGCUGGCAGGGGAGAUGCUGUGCGCGAUUUUUUGCCUCUCACAGUUGAUUAUCAAGAAAAGCAAUUUGCCCAAGGUGUAAUCCCAACUACUUUUAUGCGGAGAGAGGGUGCUCCAAAGGAACGAGAACUUUUAUGUGGUCGUCUAAUUGAUCGGCCUAUACGGCCACUCUUUCCUCCUGGGUUUUAUCAUGAGGUUCAGGUGAUGGCAAGUGUUCUUUCCUCAGAUGGGAAUCAAGAUCCAGAUGUAAUGGCUGCUAACGCAACAUCUGCUGCACUUAUGUUGUCAGAUAUACCAUGGGGUGGCCCUAUUGGGAUGAUACGCAUUGGAAGGAUUUAUGGGAAGUUUAUUGUCAACCCUACCAUGGACGAGCUUAGCCUAAGUGAUCUCAACUUAGUAUACGCCUGUACUAGGGAUAAAACUUUAAUGAUAGAUGUCCAAGCUCGUGAGAUCUCGGAGAAAGAUUUAGAAGCUGGUUUGAGAUUGGCUCAUCCUGAGGCAGUUAAAUAUAUCGAACCGCAAAUCAGACUUGCUACCAAAGCUGGUAAACAAAAGAAGGAUUAUAAAUUGUCUAUGUUAUCAGAUAGAACAUUGGAAAAAGUUGGCAACUUGGCUGCAGCACAUAUUGAAUCUAUUUUUACUGAUCCAACCUAUGGCAAGUUUGAACGAGGAGAGGCCUUAGAUAAGAUUGCACAAGACGUGAAAAAGGUACUUGAAGAAGAAUGUGAUGAAGACAGCUUGAAUGUUCUUCCAAAGGCAGUAGACACAGUAAGGAAAAAGGUGGUACGUAAAAGAAUUCUUGCGGAAGGAUUUAGACUUGAUGGUAGACGUCUGGACGAAGUUAGGCCUGUGUACUGUGAAGCUGGGAACUUACCUAUAUUGCAUGGCUCCUCACUAUUCUCUCGUGGAGAUACACAGGUUCUCUGUACUGUGACACUUGGGGCACCUGGAGAUGCUCAGCGGCUGGAUUCCCUGGUUGGUCCCCCAACAAAGCACUUCAUGCUUCAUUAUAGUUUCCCGCCGUUCUGUAUUAAUGAAGUUGGUAAACGAGGCGGCUUGAAUAGGCGUGAAGUUGGACAUGGAACCCUAGCAGAAAAGGCUUUACUUGCUGUUUUACCACCUGAAGAUAGUUUUCCAUACACUGUUCGUGUGAACUCAGAAGUCAUGGCCUCAGAUGGUUCAACCUCAAUGGCAACUGUAUGUGGAGGCAGUAUGGCUUUAAUGGAGGCUGGCAUUCCAUUACGAGAACAUGUAGCUGGUGUUUCAGUAGGUCUUGUCAGUGAAGUUGAUCCAUCCACUGGCGAAAUUAAGGACUAUCGUAUAUUGACUGAUAUUUUGGGUCUGGAAGAUCAUCUUGGCGACAUGGACUUCAAAAUUGCGGGCACACGGAACGGAAUUACAGCAAUUCAAUUAGAUAUAAAACCUGCUGGAAUACCUUUAGAUAUUAUAUGUGAAAGUUUAGAGCCAGCACGUAAAGGUCGUCUUCAAAUUCUGGAGCACAUGGAACGAGAGAUUAGUGCACCUCGUACUGAAGUUGAUAGAAAUUCCCCGCGGUUAGCUAGUUUUAAAUAUAGCAAUGAUGCUCUUCGUCGCUUGAUUGGCCCUCUUGGCGCUCUUAAGAGAAAAAUUGAAGAGGAAACAGGUGCCCGUAUGUCUGUAACUGAUGGAACACUUACUAUUGUUGCUAAGAACCAGUCUGUGAUGGAAAAAGUUCAAGAAAAGGUCGAUUUUAUCAUUGGCCGUGAGAUUGAAAUAGGUAGGAUAUACAAGGGUGUUGUGACUUCAGUCAAAGAAUAUGGUGCCUUUGUAGAGUUUAAUGGUGGUCAGCAUGGCCUGCUACAUAUUUCUGAGUUGUCACAUGAACCGGUGUCACGGAUUUCAGAUGUGGUUUCUGUUGGUCAGAAGCUUUCUUUGAUGUGCAUAGGACAGGAUGUUCGUGGUAACAUUAAAUUAUCCCUUAAAGCAGCUUUGCCAAGACCAGGAUCCGAGUUCAAUAAUCUGGUUGAAGGAAAUGCUCCUACUGACAGAGAAACUCCCAACAUUUGGGCAUCGGCUGAUAACAUAUCUGAUGGAGGAGAAGAGCAUAAAUCUAUGAUAGAAGGGAUUCCAAAGAGUAAACAUGAACUAAGUGGGGAAAAUGCUUCUGCCUCAACACCGACAAUUUUGAUUCGGAGUGCUGCGGAGUGUGAUGAGGAGGAAAAAUCUGCUGGUUUAAGUCGGAGUUCUAAAAUCACCCCUAAACCUUAUGAUGCUUCAAAGAGGGAUCAUAAGCCGAAAACGUCGCCAACUGAAGCCUCUGAGCUUGAUUCAGAGUCUUCCCUUUCUAAUUUAUUUCCAUCUACAAUAAAGAACAAAUCAAACUUUUUGCAAAAUAAAGCCAGUGCUAAUUCAAAUGAUAAAGAAGCUGAAGCAGAGACUCCCAUUACCGAUAGAAGGCUUAAGAUUGGAACCAAGGUUACUGCCAAGGUCUAUGAAAUUCGUGAACGAGGACUGGUUCUUGAUUUGGGAGGUGGGAUACUUGGAAUGUAUCGAUUUGAGACAAAUGGCAAGAAGGACUUUGAGGUGGGUGAUGAACUCCGAGUUAAGUGUUCAAGUUUUUCUACCUCUGGAGUUCCUGUUGUGUCGUCAGUGGACGAUGAAUAGUUUCAUAUUGGCUGCCCGCCCAAUCCCCUGGUUUACGUCAAAAGGAUAAAGGCUAGAGGACGUGCUUUUUGAUAGAAUUCUUCUGCUCGUGGAGGGAAUGAUAUGCAACUGGAAAAUUGAGUGUGCAUUUGGAUGAGGCACCAUUAUCAUCAUCAACCUAUUCCCUGAUAUGGCUUUGAUUUAAGCAAGCUGUUUUGAGCAUCCUAAUCUUGGACAUGGGAGCAUCAAGUUCCCGUUUCUCAGAUGGAAAUCAGUUCUAUGAAGACAUCGUCGUGCUUUGGCAGUAGCUAUCCUGCCAAAUUGAAAUGACCUUUUUUUAACACAUUACUAUUCCAACUCUAGCAGUAAAGUUCUGUUAGUCAGGUCUCUAAUUUAUUUGCAUUUCAAGUUUUGGCAUUUCAUUGUCGUUUUAUUGAUAUGUAGUAUUCUGCAAAUGGAUAAUUAAAUUCCAUUGCGGUUUCAACUUGCAAUCAAAGAAGGAAAGAGUAUCGGUGGAGAUGGAAUUUGCCUUAAUAAAAUGUACAUAGAAGGUACUUGUCCUUGGGUGGUGGCUGUUGACAGCAGAUGUAGUAGGAUUUCUGAGAUAUUCGGCAAUAAAAAGUGUUUUUUUCAUGCAA